CAUACCUCAAUAGUCUUUCUUUUCCAAAUGUUCUUACGAAUACGCUUUUUGGCUUUCGAAAUACGUUUUUUUGGAACUGCCAUUUAAAAUGAUUUACAGGUUAUCACUGGAUGUGAAAGACAUUUAUUGCUAAAACCCUCUGUUUUCGGGUUCGUUAAUAAAAUCAAAGUGAAUUAUUUCAACUUAAUAUUCUUUGGAUGAGGGAGAAUGUAUCUAUAUAGAUAUAGAUAGAUAUAUGGUAUCCUCGAUUCAGUUACAUCCAAAUUAAAAUAAGGUAUAUUUCCAUUCAUUACUUUUCAUCUAACCUGGUACCAUCUACCCUGCUACAGGGUAGAUAGUACUACUAUCAAUUAAAUUUCCACCAAUUAAAUUUCAAUGGUAAAUACAUAUGGAUCCUUAACAUACUGAAACGACUCCCAUUAUUAGUAUUAAACCAAUAACGAUUCAUACAAGCUAAAUCUUCCAAUCGAUAAUUAGGCCAAAGAAAAAAUUCAAUCAAUUUAUUUGGAUCCUUAAGCCCAGGGUUACUUUCCUCCCAAACUUGAUUUUUGUUGGAAACUAGAGAAUUUGCAUCCACGCCAUUCCAUUUGUUUGAAUUGAAACAAAUUAGAGUUCUUAAUUCUCUACGACGCCUAGAUGAUAAAAUAUUCUCAAUAAGAAGAGGAUCACAAUUAUUGUUCUCUUCAACGCGAAUUAUUGGUUGUUUUACGUAUUUUUGAUUAAGAAUUUCUUUACUCUUAUGAACCAAUGAAAGAACUAUGGUUUGAUACAUAAGAAAUUCUCCAUUUGGUUUGAUAGAUAGCGGAAGGGGGUCGACCAAAAAUCCUGUCGUUUUUAAAAAUUAUGGAACACUCUCUUUUGAAUCUUUUGAAUCCGGAACACUCUCUUUUGAAUCUCGAACAUUUCUUUUUGAAUUUUUUGAAUCUUGAACACUCUGUUUUGAAUCUGGAACACUCUCUUUUGAAUCUGGAUCAUUUCUUUUUGAAUUUUUUGAAUCUUGAAUACUCUUUUCCUGAUUCAUCUGUGGCAUUAGACCCAAAUUUAACUUUUCCCUUUGAAUCCAUGAUAGCAUCAUUUUUUUCGAUUAAGCAUUCUAAGCAGGAGAAAACAGAUCUGGAGAUCUUGGAAAAGACCUUGAUUAAAAGUAACAUCCUCAUCCUCUCUAAAUUGAAAAAAUAAAUAAUUUUUCAAGAAUAACUCUAGUUCUAUCUCAGUUUGACUUUUCUUUUCACCUUCAGUUUCCCCUUUAGUUUCCCCCUUGGUUUCACCUUCAGUUUCCCAUUUGGUUUCACCUUUAGUUUCACCUUUGGUUUCACCUUUAGUUUGACCUUCAGUUUCCCCUUUGGUUUGACCCUCGACUUUAUCUUUUUUUUUUACUCUCAGUUUUACCUUUGGUUUCACCCUCAGUUUUCUUUUUAUCCUUUUUAUCUUUGUUUUUAUUCUUAAUUUUACCGAUCUUUUGAUUCGUCAUUUCAUCAUUGAGAAUAUGAGAUUCAAAUUGGAAAUAAGUGAUUGGCUUGGUAUAAUCCAUGGUUUCAUUUUAUAUAUAUUAACAAACCACUCAAAUUCUGGGAAGACCAAAAGUUCCUCAGCCGUUAAUGGACGGUCGAGUAUUGCUUCAUUCAGUCCCAUCCAAUCCAAUAAAGAAUUUCUAGAAUUUAGUAGAUUCAUUUCUUCGGUAUUUGUCUGAAUCAAAAGAGCAAAAGGAUCUUUUUCGUUUUUAAAAAUUUGCUCAAUUUUCACAAUCUCUUCCAUUCUAUCAAUUAAUUGAUAAUUAUAAGUGAAAAUUGGAGCACUUUGAGUAUUGUUAUCAUUACCCGUGAUCCAGGACUCAAUAUCCGCUUUUUUAUCAAGAGAAAAAUUAAUGUUUUUCAAAUUUAAAUAUUUUCUAUCUAAAUUUUUGUCUGUAUAGGGGAUAUUGACCCUUUCUAUUUUUCCUCUUAAACUAAGUGAUAGGAAGAUUUUUCGUUAUCGCAAACAAGUUGUUUUGUGACAUCUUGUAAUGAUAAGAAAUCGCUUCCCGUUUAGCUCCUGGAGGGGGUGCACUAUUUUUUUCAUACUGAAUGUAUUGAUAUGCUAAAAGAUCAUAUUCACAACAUUUUUUGAAAUUAUGUUUUUAUUGUUAUUAAAUACUGAGUUAGCAUCCUUUUGUUUCCUUUAAUUAUUUAAUUUUAAUUUUCUAUUGGAAUUCCUUUUGUGUAAAUCUUUUUGUUUAGACCUACGAUAGCGAUUCGCCCUAUUUCUCCAUUUUUGUUUUUGUGAUCUUAAGGCAGACCAGAAAUUAGGAGAUAAAUCGUAUUGAGAAUUCCCUCUUAACCAAAAUUUCCAUUGACUUGUUCUAGGCCGCUUAAGUUCCUUUGUUAUUCCUUCAGAUUUAAGUAUUCCCUGUGUAUGAAAUGAGUCUUUUAUUUUAUUUUUAAUAAAGAAAUUCUUUUCAAUCAAGAAAGAUGUUCCAUUUUUGUUGAAGAACAGACAUCAAAUUAGAUACAUUCAAAAAACUCCUUUGUGAUAUUUUGUACAAUACAUAUGCUUGUGACAACUUUGAUAAAUCACCAAAAUUCUCUGGCUUUUCCUUAUAACGCUUAUUCUUAUGCGUUUUUAUAUUUGAAAGAGAGUUCAUUUUUGUUGAUUCUAUAAAGAGUUUUUCAGUCAUUUGGAAAAUAGAUAUAGUAUAUAAAAAAAUAUAGUUAGAUAUUCUUUGAAUCAAUAAUUUUAUAAAAUAAUGAAAUUUAUAUAUUAAUCUAUUUUUUUUAUUUUUAACAUUUGACAAAAAAAAAAUUGACAAGGCUAAUCUUGAACUUUUUUUGUAAGGGCUCAUAUCUAGUUCUAGAGUCAACCUUUUCUUAUCUUCCGUAAUUCUUUCUAGUUUUUUUAAUUGUAUUUGUCCUAUGAGUAAUAGCCUGUAUUUUGUCUAUCGGUGAAUAAUUUUUCCAAUCUGUAUUUUUUUCAAUUUUACUCAAGGGUUGAUUCAUUAUCUGGUUAUUUAUUCGAUCAUCUUUUUCUUUUUUUUAUUAAACUCCGGUGUAUUGUUCUUGUUUCGUUUGAACUUGUGUUUUUUUUUUGAAAACUUUUUUAAAAAUUUGAUUUUUACUUUUACAAAUUUGUAAAGUUUCUUAAAAACAGGCUCAAAAAAUGAAGGUGUUUGUCGUGGAUGACCAAAAGGGUGUUCUGUUUCCCUUCCCCAAACUGUUAAAAAACAAAAGUCAUCAUGAGAAGUUAGUGAUUUAUAUUGUGCCAAGGUUUUAGACAGAAAGGAAAUAAAAUUUUGAUUUGAAUACCUUCUGUCAACCAAUUUUCGGAAAUUUUUUGUCAGCUAACGGAAUACCAUUAUAAUUACACUUCACAUGCGUUUCUUUAUUCCAUCCCUUUAAAUAUUCAGACCAUUCAGGAGUUUGAAAUAGUAGCAUACGCCCUAUAUUUUUCCCGAUUAUGAAUGAAGGUAAUAGAAUUUUUUUUCUCAGAAUUGAUUGGAUUAUUAAUAACAAACCUCUUAUUAUUUGGGUAUAUGGGAAAGUCUCCCAGGCUUCCCCUAUCUCUAACCGUUCUAUUUCCUCUCGUUGUUUCUUUUCCUUUUUGGUUUCUCUUUUUAUUAUUGUUUUUUUCUUCUGUAGACUCUAAAAUACCGAACUCGUUUCUGGAUGACCAUUUUAUAAAAAGUCGUUUAAGUUGAGCCAUGCAUGGUAGAGAAAAAAAGGUUUUUUUCCUCAUCCUGUCAAAAAAGAGAGGGGAAUGCGCAUUUGCUUUAAAAAGUCCCUCAAUAACUAUUUUACGUCUUUGAGUUCACAUAGAGUCUUUUAUUAAGACUUGGCGAAAAUCAUAUUGGUGCGGAUAUCGUAACAAAUAAAGCUUAUUAUCCUCAUCUUCCUUUUUCUUUUUUAUAUUUUUAUCUUUCUCAUCAUUGUCGGAUUUUAUAACUUGAAUAUUUGUCUCUUUUGUAUUUUGAUCUUUGUUUAUAGUCUUAUCUUUGAGAGUCUUAGGUUCUUCAAAAAUUAAUACACUUAUCCCUUUUCUUGAACGAAUAUCAUGAUCAUAGUUAUUAAUUUGUAUGACCAUCAGGGAACUUUUUUUACCAAUCUCUUCUUUACCUAUUUUUUCUAUUGCAGAAGAUUUUUUAUCGUCUGUCUCAAUUACAUUUACUAAAAAUUUUGUUAGUUGUUCUGUAUCCGUUAACUCGAUGAUAAAGUUGAGAACUCACCAACUUGUAAUGUUUUUUUUUUCCUUUUUUUCAAAAGUAGACAUCAACAAUAAAGAAUGAAGUCUAUUUAGCAAAACCUUCUCUCUCAACUUUUUGAUCGAAGUAUCGUUUCUCAACGUUAUAUCUUUUUUUAGUCUUCCACGGGAAGGCCCAUUUAACAAGGGAUCAUCCUCUUCUGGUAAGUAUUCUUUUCUAGUCUCAUCAUUGUGUAUACAUAAUCGCGUUUUGGUUGUUUCAAUUUCCAGUAUUGGAACUGAUACUGGUUUGUCAAGAUUUUUAAUUCGAUUUAACAAAUCAAUUUUUAUAGAAUUUAAUUUUUGUUUGUUUCUAGAAACCCAAAAAUUGUCCAAUUUAUUAGAAAUAUCUUUUUAUAGGGGUAUCUUUGUUUUGAUUAUUUGAAAAAACGUUGAUAAACUUAUCGGAUGGGUAAAAGAUAUUCUAUCGUUUCCAUCACUUUUAUGUAUGUCAAAGAAAUAUUGUGCCAUUUCGUUUCUUACCGCUUGUUCAAGUCUAUUAUUUUUUAUGUAGCGAAAUGGCCGAGUCCAUCUUUUAUAAUAAAAAAGAAGAGCCACAAUAUGUUCUUUAUUUUCAUAUUUUUCAAGGAUUUCCAAUUCAGAAUCAGAUCCUUCCAAGUCCGGUUCGUUUACUUUCAAGUCCAAUUCUUUUUCCAAAAUACCCUUUUCUUCAGAAAAAAGGGAAGGAUCUUCUUCAGUGGAUUUUUUUUUUUUUUUUUUUUUUUUUUUUUCUAUGUCUUUUUCUUCCUCCUUUUGCAACCUUUCCUUUUCCCUUUGUUCUAUUUUUGAGACCUCGCUAAAUUUCUGAGUAGGAAUAGGUAAGGGUGUUCUGCCUAAAGACUGAAUACUUAAAAUACAUACUAUACUUCCAAAACUACAAUUUAGUAAAAUAAAAAAGAUAGAAUUUCUGACUAGGUACUUUCUAAUAACAUUAUUUUUCUGUAUCCAGACUACUAAAAAUUCCAAGCAAUUUAUGACUAAAAUUUGUCCAA